UUUGCCCCCUUUCUCUCAUUUUCUUUUUCUUGCUUCUUUUCUCUUCGCCUUCAUCUUUGUUUCUCUCAGAAAAUAUUUUCCUCCAUACUUGAGAGCAUGCUUGAAUGUCCGGAGAAAGAGAGAGAUUUGAUGAAAUAGGCAAGAAGAUCAAGAGAGAGGGAGGUGUGUCAUGUCAUCAGCAAAUGGGAAGAAGACAUAUACUGAGUCCUCCAGGAACCCUAAAUACCAUAACACCAUGUGCAGCCUGCAAACUGUUGAGGCGUAGGUGUGCUCAAGAAUGCCCUUUUUCACCAUAUUUCUCUCCCCAUGAACCCCAAAAGUUUGCUUCCGUUCACAAAGUCUUUGGCGCUAGCAAUGUCUCCAAGAUGCUAAUGGAGGUACCGGAGAGCCAAAGAGCUGACGCAGCAAACAGUCUUGUUUAUGAGGCUAACGUGAGGCUUAGAGAUCCUGUUUAUGGCUGCAUGGGUGCAAUUUCAGCUUUGCAACACCAAGUUCAAUCUUUACAAGCUGAAGUACAUGCAGUAAGGGCUGAGCUAUUGAAAUAUAAGUAUAGGGAAGCUAACUUUAUACCCUCUUCCCUUGUAGCCUUGCUCUCUUCUGGGGCCGUUUCAGUUGCAGCACCACCACCACCACCGCAACCUCCUCCUCCUCCUCUUCCUACUACUUCUACCUCCACAUCUUCCAUGUAUACCCAACUUACCACUGCUGCAGACUAUACCACCAUUUCUAAUGAAAAUGUUUCCUACUUUGGAUAAUUAUUAUAUUUAUGGUUUAUUUUUCUAUAUUAUAAAACAAUUAAAAUGGAAUAAAACGAAAGAAAGAAAGAGACGAAAGAUCCUGUUUAAA